AGGGCACUACUGCAACAGUUUGCAUGUGAUACACCUCAAACCAAGGAAAGAAAAAGAAAGAAGAAGAACAAGAGGAGCACUACACUGUUACACAGUGUUCAGACUCAGCUCAGACUGAGAGUGAGAGAGAGCAGCUGGUCAGAGAACUUUCUCUGAGAGGGAAGUCUGUGAAAAUGUCCUGUGUUAAAGAGGAGUGUGAAGAUAUCAGUGUGAUGGAGGCGACUGCACUGAAGACAGAAGACCAGCAGAUGGACAAAGGUCAGUGUGAAGAAGUGUUUCGAGAAGACAUCAAGGAGGAACAUAAACCAGAAGUGAAACAGGAGGUACAUAUCUUACCGGAAUCUCACCAAAAUACUGAUCCUGGACACAGCGUCAGUGAUUCCUCCCACCAGAAAGAUCACCUGAGAAUUCAUACUGGGGAAGAACCAUUUACCUGUUCACAUUGUGGGGAGAGUUUUACCUUGAAGAAAUCUCUGAAACGCCACAUGGACAUGCACAAAGGAAAGAGACCUCAUCGAUGCUCUCAGUGUGAGUGGAGCUUCAAACGGUUCACAGAUUUAAGACAACACGAAAAGACUCAUACUGGAGAGAAGCCGUUCGCCUGCUCUCAAUGUGAGUGGACUUUCAGACGUGUAACGGAGUUGAGACGGCAUGAGAAAACUCACACCGGAGAAAAGGCUUUCCCUUGCUCUCGGUGUGGAACGCGCUUCUCCUUACCAAGAUUCCUUAAAAAUCACAUGUUGAUUCAUGACGGAGAAACGCAGUUCACCUGCUCGGAGUGCGGAAAAUGUUUCUUGGCUCCAAGCCAUCUUGAAAAACAUGCAAAAAUUCAUAUGGGAGAAAAGCCAUUUACUUGCUCUGAGUGUGGAAAACACUUUACAGAAUCCUGUUGCCUUAAAAUUCACAUGAUGAUUCAUACUGGAGAGAAACCAUAUACCUGCUCUGAGUGCGGAAACGGCUUCUCAGCACCAAGCCAUCUCAAAAAACACGCAAAAAUUAAUAAUGCAGAGAAGGCGCUUUCAUGCUUUAAGUGCGGAAAACGUUUUACAAAAUCAUGCAGCCUCAAAACCCACAUGAUGAUUCAUACUGGAGAAAAGCUGUUUUCCUGCUCAGAGUGUGGAAGGAGCUUUUCAAUACCAAGCCAUCUUAGGAAACAUGCAAAAACCCAUACUGGAGAAAAGCCGUUUAUGUGCUCUGAGUGCGGAAAACGCUUUACAAAAUUGUGCAGCCUUAAAAUUCAUACCAUGAUUCAUACGGGAGAGAAGCCAUUCGCCUGCUCUAUGUGUGGAAAAGGCUUUACAAUAAGAAGCCAACUUAAAACCCACAUGAUUAUUCAUACUGGAGAAACACCAUUUACUUGCUCUGUGUGCGGAAAAGGCUUUUCAACUCCAGCCAGCCUUAAAAGCCACUUAAAGAUUCACACUGGAGAGAAACCUUAUGCCUGUACUGUGUGUGGGAAGAGUUUUUCAGCAUUGAAUAUCCUUGUAAACCACAUGAGGAUUCACACUGGAGAAAGGCCUUUUAUUUGCUCUCACUGUGGAAAAGGCUUUAAGCAAGUUAGCACUCUAAAUAAACAUGAGAAGAGAUUUCACAAAACUGGGUAGAACUUGCUUAAAAAUAAUUGAUGGUUCCAAAUACUUUUAAAUAGUAACAGAUGCAUAUAAAACAAUAACAGUUAUUGUUUUUGUUAUCAGAUCUGUUUACACCUGGCAUUAAUAUGCGAUCAGAUCACAUUUGGAUUUCAUGUGACUGCAUGAAAAACGGGUGUAAACACUCUCAGGACACACUGUGAAUGGAUUACAAUCAGUUCAAGAUCAGAUCACAUUCAGAGGCGUUUACAGGUGGAUCUGACCACAUUUAAAAGAUCCAUCCAUCCAUCCAUCCAUUAUCUUCCGCUUCUCCGGGGUUUGGGUCGCGGGGGCAGCAUCCUAA